CAAGACACUUGACGAGAUAAAUAUCCUUAGUCCAAACACUUGACGAGAUAAAUAUCCUUAGUCCAGACACUUGACGAAAUAAAUAUCCUUAGUCCAGACACUUGACGAGUUUAAUAUUCUUAGUCCAGAACCUUGACCGAGAUAAAUACUCUCAGUCCAAACACUUGACAAGAUUAAUAUCCUCAAUCAGACGCUUAACGCGAUAAAUAGUUUCAGUUCAAAAACUUGACGAGAUAAAUAUUCUUAGUCCAGACACUUGAGAAGAUAAAUAUCCUUAGUCAGACACUUGACGAGAUAUUUUUUUUUAUUCAGACACUUGACUACGAGUUAAAUAUUCUUAGUCAAGACACUUGACGAGAUAAAAAUCCUUAGUCCGAACACUUGACGAGAUAAAUAUCCUUAGAGCAGACACUUGACGAAAUAAAUAUCCUAGGUCCAGACACUUGGCGAGUUAAAUAUUCUUAGUCCAGAACCUUGACCAGAUGAAUAUUCUCAGUCCAAACACUUGAAAAGAUUAAUAUCCUUAAUUAGACGCUGAACGCGAAAAAUAGUUUCAGUUCAAAAACUUGACGAGAUAAAUAUUAUUAGUCCAGACACUUGAGAAGAUAAAUAUUCUUAGUCAGACACUUGACGAGAUAUUUGUUUUUAAUUAAGAAACUUGACGUCGAGUUAAAUAUUUUUAGUCCAGACACUUGACGAGAUAACUUUGAAAUGUCCUAAAUUAACAUGUUUAUGGUUUUAUUUUUAGAAAGUAUAUCCCAUUGGUACUAGUUUAGUACUGUGUAUCAUACAGGCUAUGUAUCCAAGACGGGUUGUGCAAACAUUAUACAGUGGCUAUGGCGGUCCUUGGGGGUGAUUGGCACGAACCUCGAUUUUGUCCUACAUGUCAAUAUGCUGUAGGUUACAACUUAAAGAAAGUAUAUCCCAUUGGUACUAUUUAGUUUAGUACUGUGUAUUAUACAGGCUAUGUACACAAGACGGGUUGUGGAAACAUUAUACAGUGGCUAUGGUGGUCCCUGGGGGUGAUUGGCACGAACCUCGAUUUUGUCCUAUAGGUCAAUAUGCUGUAGCUUACAACUUAAAGGUAGAGAACAAUGUCAACGCCUGUCUUUUGCGACCCAUGUUGUUACCACAAUAAAACAGUGCAAGCUAAUACGUGGUGUGUUGAAUGCGAGGAAGGAUUUUGUCCAGACUGCGAAAAGGUUCACAAGGCGACAAAAUUUUCCCGAGGUCAUCAUCUAAUUUCAGUAGAUAAUUACCGUAAUAUACAAAAUAUAACCAUAGAACAAACGUGUGUUCAGCACAACAAAACAUUUGAUUGGUUUUGCAAAAGUCACGAUGAAGCACUCUGCAAAGCUUGUGUGUCUUCUGAGCACAAGAUAUGCCCGGAUGUUGUGCCUCUGGAGGAUGUAGCAAUAAAUGCAAAACACUCAACGGUAAUUCAUGACCUUGAAGAUACCAUUAAUAGAUCAUUACAAAAUAUAGAAGAUUUUAUUCGUGACCGAAAAACAGUACAUGAAUCAAUCCAGACCCAAAGACGAGAUAUUGAGAAAACCAUUAAAGACACCAAAGAGAAAGUAGUCCGUUACUUUGACGAGUUGCAAGAAAGGUUAUUACAUGAACUGUCAUCAAUAUCUGACGAAUGUGUAUCUGAAAGCAGCAAAAAUUUAAAUAAUUUUAAAGAUGCAGAGAUAAAUUUGAUUAAGCUUAAAGAAAAAACACUAAAGUUAAAAGAUUUCGCUUCUGACCUUCAUGUGUUUCUCGGCAUACGACAAGUAUAUAAAGACGUUAAUGAAGAGAUCAAGUCUAUAAAGUUAGCAACAAGCCAUUCCAGGAGUUAUAAUAUUGAACUUGAUUUUUAUCCGAUUAUUGAUAAUCUUUUCGAACAAUUUGAUAGAGUUGGUGUUAUCAAGCUUGAAAAACGUGAGUCUGGUUUAUUGUUCUAUGAUUCUAAAAUAGGACAAGCACAGAUACAGAGAAGUCAAAUAAAAGAGAGUCGUAUUCAGGAUGUAGUUCUUCAAUUAGACAAAAAACUGAAUCUUCAAAAAAAAGAUGAUUGCAUAUUUGUUUAUGGAUGCAUAAUUUUACCAAAUGGACACAUUCUGAUAGCAAACACUCAUACUGCAGCUCGUCAUAUACAAGAAUACACUGAAAACGGAAAACAUAUCCGUAACAUCGCCACAUCUUUUUUAACCUUUGAUUUAGCAUUGUGUGGUUUGGAUGGCGUGGCUGUUUCUCACGGAAGAAACAAGCGUAUCGAUCUCAUACAAAAUGGUUGUGUUUGGAAGACUUUGGAGCUAGAAUUCAAAUGUUUUGGCUUAGCGUUCAAUGAAGGAAAGCUAUAUGUUGCGCGAGGCAAGGAGGGCAUUGUGGUAAUUGAUCCUUCGGGAAAACGAGUAGGAGAAGUUAAAUGCAAGAAAAUCGAAUUGAGAAAUAUAACAACUUCAGGUAAAAUGAUAUACUUCACAAAUUCAUCCCUGCAUACUGUACACUGUUGCACCAUGAACGGUACAGACAUAUGGACAUUUAAGGAUGAAUCCAUACGCUUUCCGACAGCAUUAUCUCUUGACAAUAAUCAAAACGUAUUUGUUGUUGGGCGUGAUUCGAACAAUCUAGUGCUUAUUCAACAUGAUGGAAAAGCCAGUAAGAUAUUACUUAAUAAAGAUGACGGCCUCUCCGAACCAAAUGCUGUAUACUAUUGCAAGGAAAAUAACUCUCUUCUAGUUUGUGAUAAAAGUAGUGGCAAUGCUGCUUUGUACAACGUAAUGUAUAGUUGGGACAAAGAAUAAGUUUUCAUUUCUAAAUUCAGCAUUUUUUUAUGUGCACCCUAUUUUAAUAAAUGUAUUGACCAUUAAAGAUGACUUUUA